AUGUCAAGCGAUCAGCAAAUUUACCCCGGCGGAUCCUCAAAUGCGGAGCUCCCCGCCUUAGGGGAACGGCAUGACGAAACCUACGAUGAACGUCCCGCAGCGGUGUCAGAACGCUAUUGGCGGCUAUUCAACGACCCGGGUUUGUCACCCCCUGGCGGCGCGCCCGCCGACUCCUCGCAAGUGUCGCCCGAGGCCUUUCAUGACCUCGCCCACCAGGUUCAAACUCUAACAAGCAUGGUGCAGACCAUUGUCUCCCAACGAACCCCUCCGCAUGCGGCGAGGCCCUCGCAGCAACAGGAGACCCUCGCCCUGACCCACGUUCCACUCCCAGAGCUUCCGUGCUCGCCUCGAAACCCCACGACUCGACCGGGAGGCAGGGAAGCCGAGGACACGGCGAGCCGCCCCGAGCCGGAGGCCCCGACUGCUGAUUCGACGAACGCCCUGCGGGCCCAGGUGCGCCUCGUCAAUCAAAGGCUGGACGAGGUACAGCAGGAGGAUCAGGCGAUCCCGCCGCACUUCCGCCUCCCUUCCCUGGACGCGUAUGAUGGCGCAACCGACCCCGCGGACCACGUGGCCGCUUUUCGGGCCCAGAUGGCGCUGUUCGGGACUUCAGACGCCCUGAUGUGCCGGGCGUUCCCGACGACCUUGCGAGGACCAGCCCGCGCAUGGUACAGCGGCCUGAAGUCAGGGACCGUCGCCUCCUUCGACCAGCUCGCCAAGGAUUUUGAGCUUAACUUCCUAGCGUACGCCCGACCGAAGCCAUCCAUGGCGUUGCUCCUGGGGCUCAACCAGAAGGAGGACGAGCCCCUUUCUCACUUUGUGAACCAGUUUAUGAUGCAAAUCCGUGGAUUACCGGAUGCUCACCCCUCUCUCUUGAUGCAGGCCUUUAUGACUGGUCUGCGGCCCUCCAGGUUCUUCUGGUCGCUUGUGGAGAGGCCCCCCGUCGCGUUCCCUGAGAUGCUCCAACGGGCCAGCCAGUUCAUCGCCGCAGAAACCUGGAUGGUGGGAAAGCGAGAAGAACACAGAAAGGUCAAGUCGGAACCGCCCCGACAGCAGCAACCCACCACCUCCCGGCGAAAGCUGGACAGGCCUGACCCCAGGCCCCCUCUUCCCGCCUUGAACUCUUCCCGGACGGAGAUAUUCCUACACGAAAAGGGGAAGGGGCUGCUCAGGGACCCCCACCCCAUGAAGAACCCGCGAGAGCUCGCAGAUCGCUCAAAGUACUGCCGAUUUCAUCGACAGCACGGGCAUGACACGGAGCAGUGUUACGAGAUGAAAAGACAAAUCGAGGAGCUCAUCCUCAGAGGCCAUCUCGGCCAGUACCUCCGGCCGAGCAAAGAGCAGUCUCCUCGUCCGGAGGGCCCCGUUGAGCGACACAUCGAUGUCAUCGCCGGGGGCCCCGCAUCCGGAGGAAGUUCUAUGUCGGGCAGGAAGGCCUACGCCCGGGCCGCCCCCGACGAAGCCUCGGGACGUGAGCCUGAGCCCGAGAUCACCUUCCCAACCGGAGCCGCUGAGCGACCCCACCACGACGACGCCCUGGUAAUAUCGGCCAGGGUAGCCAACGCGCAAGUGAGAAGAAUCAUGGUCGACACGGGGAGCUCGGCCGACAUACUCUACUUUGGCGCCUUCCAGAAGCUGGCCCUAGCCAGGGAAGAUUUAAGCCCUAUGUACUCGGCACUCACCGGCUUCACGGGAGAUUCGAUAUCACCUCUUGGGGCCAUUACCCUCCCUCUGACUCUGGGAACCCCGCCGAAAUCAAAGACGGUCAUGACCACCUUUCUGGUAGUCGACCUUCCCACCGCUUAUAAUGCCAUACUUGGCCGGCCAACCCUCAACAAGGUCAGAGCCGUCGUCUCGACCUACUACCGGACCGUCAAAAGGGCCAGGGGAGAAUCACCUCUAGAAGAUCCCCAGGAGGCAAAGAAGUCGGCCCCUCACCCUGGGCCGAGGGGAUCCACUGCUGACAUCCCCUUACGGGGAGCACGGCCGGAUCAAACGGUCAGGGUCGGCUCGGAGCUACCCGAGCGGGAACGGGAACAGCUCGUCGGCCUUCUGCGGGAGAAUGCCGACAUCUUCGCCUGGUCCCCAUCGGACAUGAAGGGAGUCGACCCCAAGGUCGCGGAGCAUCAUCUCAACAUCCCACCUGACGCCCGACCGAUAAAGCAAAAACCCCGUCGCCACGCACCUGACCGGCAACGUGCCAUACAAGAGGAGGUGGACCGACUCUUGGCAGCAGGCUUCAUAGAAGAGGCCAAGUAUCCUCAGUGGUUGUCCAAUAUCGACCAGCUAGUCGACGCAACAGCAGGGCACGCGCGCCUCUCUUUUAUGGACACCUAUUCAGGAUACAAUCAGAUCAGAAUGGCGCCCGAAGACAGGGAACACACAGCUUUCCUCACCGAUCAAGGGAUAUACUUCUACAGGGUCAUGCCGUUCGGGUUGAAAAAUGCCGGAGCUACAUACCAGAGGACAGUAAACAAGAUGUUUGCCCCCCAAAUCGGGAGGAACAUGGAAGUCUACGUGGACGACAUGAUUGUGAAAAGCAGAGAGGCCGGGACACACCUCGCUGACCUAACCGAGGCCUUCGACACGCUACGCAAGUUCGGCAUGCGGCUCAACCCCACGAAGUGCGCUUUCGGCGUCACCUCCGGGAAGUUCCUGGGACUGGUCGCCCUGUCUCGCUUCCUCGCCCGAUCGGGCGAUCGCUGCCUCCCUUUCUUCAACGCGCUCAAAGACCCGAAGAACUUCCAAUGGACGUCAGAAUGCGAGGAGGCUUUGAAGCGGAUGAAGCAGCACUUGGCCAGCCUCCCUCGACUCGCCUCUGUUUUCCCCGGCGAAAAGCUGGGGCUCUAUCUGGCGGCCUCCCCGUACGCGGUUAGCUCCGUCCUUGUCAAGGAAAGCUCCGGCACACAGCUCCCGAUCUACUACGUCAGCCACGUCCUGAGUGGACCCGAGGAGCGCUACCCGCCGAUAGAAAAACUCGCACUCGCCCUGGUGCUCUCAGCCCGGAAGUUGCGCCCUUACUUCCAGGCACACUCGGUGGAAGUCCUCACCGACCAACCUCUCCGGCAGAUCUUAACAAAGUUCGAUGUUGCAGGUCGGCUUCUCAGAUGGGCGGUGGAGCUCGGAGAGCAUGACAUCAACUACGUACCCAGGACCGCCAUUAAGGCCCAGGCGGUAGCCGACUUCAUCGUGGAACUAGCUCGGGUGGGCAAAGACCUCGAGCGAACACCAGAGACUUGGACCCUACACGUGGACGGCUCGGCCAACUCAGGGGGCGCCGGAGCUGGGCUGGUCCUUCUCGCCCCUGACGGACGCUCGUUCGAGCGCUCCCUUCGCUUCGGGUUUAAAGCCACCAACAAUGAGGCGGAGUACGAAGCGCUCCUAGCCGGAUUGAGGCUGGCCCUCGAAAUGCAGGUGGCCGCAAUACACGUCCUCACUGACUCGCAACUCGUGGCCGAACAGCUCAGCGGAAGAUACGAGGCUCGUGACGCAACCAUGGCCAAAUAUCUGGCGCGGGUAAGGGAGCUAACCGCGAAAUUACCUUACUUUACAUUAUCUAACGUUCCGAGGGAGGAGAACGGACGGGCCGACGCGCUAGCUAAGCUGGCGUCAAGACGAACCCCUGAAGCGUGGUCAGAGAUAGAGGAGCUUCCCGCUCGCGCCAUUGAGGUAGCUACCACGGCCCCAGGCAGUGCGCCGACCACGUGGGUGCAAGAGCUGCUGCGCUUCAAGCGAGAUGGAGCCCUCCCCCUCGACGAAGUCGCAGCUCGGCGUCUGCGCCGCACACAUGCUUGGUACACCGAGGAAAGUGGCCGGCUGUACAGACGAUCCUUCACCUACCCCCUCCUGAGGUGUUUGGAGCUUGACGAAGCCCAGACCGUCCUAGCUGAAACUCACGAGGGGAUCUGCGGCGAACACAUUGGCGGGCGGACCCUGGCGCACAAGAUACUUCGCCAAGGCUACUACUGGCCAACCAUGUGUCGAGACGCAAAAACUUACGUGCAGCGGUGCAGCUCGUGCCAGCAACACGCCCGCGCGCCCCGACAACCGGCGGUCCCCCUCAGUCCCAUCGACUGCGCAUGGCCAUUCGCCCAGUGGGGACUGGACCUCCUCGGCCCCUUUCCACCGGCCUCUGGGCAGCGGAAGUAUAUAAUCGUGGGAGUGGAUUACUUCACGAAGUGGGUCGAGGCCGAGCCGCUGGCUACGACGACGGAACACCAAAUGGAGAAAUUCGUCUGGAAAAACCUUGUGACCCGGUUCGGGUUGCCCAGAGCCAUCGUCACCAACAACGGACCACAGUUCGCCGGCACGAGGUUCCGGGAGUUCUGCGCCGGUCAUGGCAUUCAACUAAGGUUCAGUUCGGUAGCCCAUCCUCAGAUGAACGGGCUGGCCGAGGUAACCAACCGAUCCAUCCUGGAUGGCCUCAGAAGAAGAGUGUCCGCGGCCCGAUCGACCUGGGCGGACGAGCUCCCUAGCGUGCUGUGGUCGCUGCGCACCACCCCCAAGGCCGCGACCGGAGAAUCCCCCUAUAGCUUGGCUUUCGGAACCGAGGCCGUCCUACCGCCCGAGCUGACUGUCGCCACGCUUCGGACGAGGAACUAUGAUCAGGAGGCCUCGAACCAGGGACUUCGCGCCAACCUCGACGUACUCGAGGAGCGACGUACUUACGCACACCUGAAAGCCCUCUCUUACCAGAGAGCCGUCGCAAGGGUCUACAACAAAAGGGUACGACCCAGGCCAGUCAGGUUAGGCGACCUAGUCCUACGAAGAGCCGAAGUCAGCGACCCAACCCGAGCGAGGGGGAAGCUGGCUCCCAAGUGGGAGGGACCUUACCGGGUUACCGGCGUGGUUCGACCAGGUACUUAUCGACUCACCACGAUGGACGGUUCCUCCCUGCCGAGGACAUGGAACAUCCAGAACCUUAAGAAGUUCUUCGUCUGA